AUGAGUAACGGCGGCUUUGUAUUCAUCCAAGAGGAGGGGACUGGUUCACAUAAACCAGUGACCAAAUCUCUUAUCAAAAUGCAUGUUAUGGACAGAGUGGUGAUGCAGAGGCGGGCCCUCAAGCAGGAACAUCGUGAUGACGAUAUUUUGAUAGUUAACGUACCUCAUAGUGAUCAAGCUCCAUCGUUAGAGCAUCACAUUAGUCACAAUGACCUUCGAUCUCUUGCUGGAAUAGACAAUAUGCUUCGACUAUCAGGUCUCUCUGUAGAACUCAUGUAUGGCGAUUUGGAUGAAGCCGAGAUACACUUUCAGGGGCUGAAAACUCUUAUUAGAGGUUGUAAAGGUGUACUUCAUCUGGGAUUUGAAGGCCUUGUAGCUCGAAUUGACGGACAGUUGCCACUCACAGCUGUCGAACCAGGAGUUGUCAUUCGACGAAACAAGUUCCUCUUCAGAAUUCGUUCAUCCACAAAUUCCUUUGCCAGAUGCACAAAGGUUUCACAUCCAACCUCAUAA